AUGGGUCCAGUGAUGGUUAGGGCCACAUUGGAGAGCAUCGCACGAGAAUCGCCAGGAGAAUUUAAAAACUAUCUCCCAAAAGAUGUAUGCGAUGGUUUUGAGGAGUCUUCUGCCGAAGGAAACUCUAUGCAAGUCGCCACGGAGCCCGGUGUUGCCAAGGAAAAUAGCCGAAGUAGCCAAAGUACAGUGACUGCAGGACUUACAUCAGCGGCAACUAGAUCGGUCACAGAAAGCCCGGGCGUCGAUUGCUCCAGCUACAUCACGAGGGCUCAGUCUAAACGUCAAAAGACAACGCCGACCGAAACAAGCUCCUCCCGGCCGCAAUUUGAGCAUGCGAGCAACUCCCAUGAGUUCAACCACCAGAAUGAAAACGAGGUCUCUUUGAUUACUCAUGGCAGCCCUGCGGACGGACCAAACCCUGACUCGUUAGAGGAGCCUAGGGUAGCGAUACAGAACGGUCAUGUUGAUCUGCAGCAAGGCGAUGAACGACAGGUGAAUGGACAAGACGACGUCGAGGCACUAGAGAACACUGCGGUAAAGGUGAAAAAGGAGGCGCUUAGCCAGGGGAGACAGCUUCCUCCAUUUAUUCAAAAACUUUGCCGCUUUUUGGAAUCAAAGAAAAACGAGCACAUUAUUCGCUGGUCCGACAAUGAAGACUCGAUCCUUAUCCUUGACGAAAAUGCCCUCGCGAAAACACUCAUCCCAGAAGCAUUCAAACACAACAGCUACACGUCGUUUGUCAGGAUGCUUAACCUGUACGGGUUUCAGAAACGUGUCGGUCUAUCGGACUGCUCAAUGCGAGCCAUCGACCGCCAGGACAAAAGGCAGGGCGAAUACUAUAGUCGAUUCUUCUGUCGUGGGCAUCCGAAUUUGCUGUGGCUCAUUCACAGGUCUCCGCAGCAGGCAUCUAGCAACGAUGGCGUCGGUGAGAAUGACGAAGAGAACAACAGCAGCGACCAAGACUUGACGGCUGCAUCCCACGUGUCCCCGUCCACGGGGCGCUCCAUAACUGCGCGCAAUGACCCGGUGCUCAGUUCCGAGCACCACUUGCUCAACCUCACCGAUGUCGACGGAAAAAUUAUUGAGAGUAUCAAGAGACCGGACCCUUGGAGCUCCUCUGUCGUUGAGAUUUUGCAAAUUCCAGUCAUAAGAGACGUGAAAAUUCGGCCACGUCGGACCUUUACGGAACAACAACUAGCCAAGGUGUGCAACCAGUCUGAUCCAAAAGGUUCCAGACUCCUUGCUUGUCUAAUUCAAGCGGGAGGUAAAAUAUUGCAGGGAGAGUGCUCGUGGUGCCAGACAGGCCAGGGCCCGUUUGAGGAGUGCAUUAUUCUGGACGGAAAAGCAUCAAAGUGCGGCAAUUGCGAAUGGACUCGUCAUGGCUGUGGCGCCAAGUGGACCGUUUACCAAAUCAAGACAACACUAUGCAGAAGUGAUGCUUCUCGUCAACAGUGCCUUAGAUGGGUGCCAGGUGAGAAACUAUUCAAGCUACAGGUACUGACACAAUCAGAGCCCGAGGAGAUCUGGGGAGACUGGCCCAAGAAUAGUGACUUCGGUAUUCCAUUGAGGGAAAUCGAGGAGGUCAGGUGGAGCGCGGACGCGUGGCGCGGAGGUAAUGCUAACAUUGUCGAGCGUCGCGGUCGUACGGCAGUUUAA